UAAAACACAUCAAAUUAAUAUACUUAAUUUUCUAAACCUCUUGAAUACAUUGGAAUACAUAUUUUACAUGUUAUAAAAGCCUAACUAAGUGCUCAUAUCAUCCUUUAUCGAGGAAAUAUUGUCAUUUCUUGGUACGUAAAUGCGCCGAAGCACGCAUCAACUGUGGAGCGAAUAGACGUGCGAUAAUCUGUGUGGUUGCGACGCCGAACUGCCCCGUGGCCUUGCCGACGUACCUGAAGCUCGAGUGAUGUUCGUGUACGUAGUCGUAGGAAGGAUGGUAUACUCUACAUGAACAUGACUUUGCUGGAACCUUCAUGCAUGUGUAUGUGAAGCCAACUCAAGACAUGAACAGUCACAAGUUCUUUGCUUGGAUGAAAUAUGAGGUUAAAAUUAAAAUGGGUGCUCUGUGUAUCUGCACUCACUGUGGGUAUGUGGUUGACGAUUAUCGUCAUCAUGCCAGCACCAUCGAACACCGACAGAGGAAAAGACAGUGCGGGGAGAGAACACUACAAAUCUGGCCAAGAUGACAAAAGGGGUCAUGCAGGGGUGGAUGAGGUCAAAGGUCAUGUAGAUGAGUCUGCUGUGAAUGGACAACAAAAGGAAACGUCAGACAAUGUUGAUAUCGUGGGCAUCAGGAACACAGACGAAAGUGAACAAGAUGGAAAAGAGAAAGAAGUUCCACAGGGUGUGGAGAUAGAGAACAUACGAGGCAAUCCUCCAAAUGGCCAGAGCAUUGAGAGACUUCAGAAUGAAACACAUCCUCUAGAACUGGAUCUCAUACCGGACUUUAUUCCUCAGAGGCGACAUGAAUAUUCCAGCUUGUGGAGAAAAGCAGAAGGUUGGGUGACGUCAAGUGAGAUCACGCCAUCUUCCGCCAAAGAUCUAGGGUCGGUGCUGUAUGCGAUGGCCCAUGCACCCAUCACCAAGGCUGAUGUCGGCUUCAAAGGUACACAACUCAAGGCAAGGUUGAUGCUAGCAGGAGGUCAACUUGUUGUAUUCAAGCCAAAGAGGUAUCAACGAGACUUUGUUAUUUAUGGAACUCCUUAUGCAGGCUAUGACAGACAUAAUGGAGAAAUAGCUGCCUUUCAUUUAGAUAGGUUUGUAUUUCUAAUUUCAAUUUUAUGCUGAUCAUCAUAAUUAUCC